AACACUUUGUAGCCCAUAACAUAAUACCAGUUAUGAUACACUCUGGACUCUGCAGUGCGUACAUGCUGACCUCGACGUAGAAACUUCUGCGAGAGCACUGUCCCCCUGUAUCAGGUCUGAUGCUGUGCAAUAACGUUUAUUACAAAUGACGCCCAUGUCGUCACACGCAGUUGAUGCCAGGGCCUGUGCUGCGGAGAGCAUUAAUAUUAGGGGUUAUAUAAGAGCCUUACCCCUCUUAUUGCAUUUCGCCCUCCACCAUUAUCGAUUCCACCGAUACGUACGCGCACUAAUAUGAGAAUUCAUAACCUUGUGCCCAUAUUCUGUGUUGGAGGCGCGUAUGCUCUUCCUACGCUUUCCUGGCUUCCGCAAUUUCCCGUCGAGGGGCUAGUUCGCUGCUGGGGCAUAUUUGCUCCCCUUUCGGAGGAUAGGACAAUUUACCAGGUUUUGAAAGACGACGAAAGGUACUCGCGUUUAGUCAAAGCCAUCAACUUGAGCGACGAGGUCACCGACCUUUUGGACGACCCUGCAGCCAGCAUCACUUUUUUUGCGGUUCCAAAUACAGGUAUUCCACACCGUCAGCCCUCGCACGGGGAUGACGACAAUCAUCAGCUCGAUUUCGCAUCUCUCGCACCUAAGCGUGGGGAUGAGCCUGAUAUCACCUAUGACCUUGGCCACCUCGUCCUUCAGGUUGAAGAACUUGAUAACAUCCCCGAGUCUCGCACUUGCCGCAUCAUUCGCGCUAUCCUCGCGUAUCACAUCUUGCCUAAGAAGUUGGAUUCUACUGCACUCGUUCAAAACUCUACAUAUGCAACGAAUUUGACAUUGAAUGAUGGGAGCAUGGACUACCAACCAUUGCGCUUGAGUGUUCAGAGCACGAUUCGUGAUACUGAGGCUAGCAAUGGUGUUAUCCACAGUAUCAACAUCCCACUCUUGCCUCCCCCCUCCUUGUUCAAUGAGAUGUUUGCUUUUCCCGAAGUCUUCUCAUACGUGACGUCUGCUAUUCAGCACGUGGGCUUAAUUGGCGCAGUCGAUUAUUGGCGGAUUCCCGACAAAGAUUGUCAUAUAUCAUUCGUCGGCGCAGAACUUGCCACUUUCUUUGCCCCCACAUCAGGAGCAUUCCAGCGUCUUCCAAAAAAAUUAAGACUUUUCUUAUUUUCGCCCUUUGGCGCUAGAGCGCUCAGGAAACUUCUGGAGUAUCAUGUUGUGCCUCAACUCGUGCUGCACACAGACUACGUGCACAAUGCUACAUCUUAUACUGCCUUGAUUGAUGACCGGGAAGCUGGCGUCUUCGUAGAUUCUCCCGGCAACCCUUUAUAUGCCUACAAUCUCACCCUUCCCACCCUGCUGGAGAACCAUUCCUUGAAUGUUCAGGUUGCCCGCUACAAAGCCAAGAUUCCUCUUCCUGGUCCUGCCCGUUACUUCACCAGGUUUGUGGUCAACGGUCACGAUGUUGGACCGUAUGACAUCCCCGCUCGGAAUGGCGCUUUGCAUGUCAUCACGAACCUGCUCGACCCCCGUGGCCAUCAUAAAGAAGACCAUAAACACCGUGGACAUGAACAUGAAUCGGUGGACGUCGACUGGGAGGAUUGGGAGGAGUGGCUGCCGCAAUGGGCCAUGCAAGAUUAA